AUGCAGAAAAAGGUAAAGCGACGGAAAAAAUGUGACCAGUCCAAGCCAUCCUGCAAUAGUUGCCUGAAGGGUGGAUAUGAAUGUUUGGGGUACGACUACAACCACCCUCGGGUCAAGAUACACCGGGAUCAUUCUGAUGCUUCUCCCAUAACUAUAUUGCCAUCAGAUUGUCUUACAACUGGAUUACCCAAUAAUUCGCAAGAUACAACCGACGCGAGGAGAGAUCAUGUCUUGACGCGUUCCAUCCUUGGAGCCGCCCUGCGUUACAGAGCCCGCGGUUCCGAACCCACUCCGGCUACAGAUAAUAGCCUAGCCGAAGGCUCUUUACGCGAUUUCAACCGCUCAUGGCCACAGGACCAGAGCCAAUCAGUCACAUACUCGGUCCCGUCGACACACCAGCCCGCCUUUGCCAGGUCGUCAUCGAGUGAAGCUCCAAGGGCGAGAAACACGGAAGAUACCCUGAUAGAAGAGAUCGGAGUUGUCUAUAGGUCAAUACCUCCCUCGAUAUAUGAUAUGCAAACUGUCAGAGAGGAUCACUUUGCGCGCGUUGCUAGGGAGUACGCUUUGAAGGCUUACAACUUGUGGUUCUUGUCCUCUCUACCCAAAAUUCGUGACUGGAUAAUGAACCAGACGAGAGGGAGAAGGACUGUGCACGUGAUGUACUUUGGAGCAACAACGCUUCAGCUGCUCAGUCAGGACCCCCAGAAUAGUAGUGCAAUAAUCAAAAGACAGGUUGACUGGAUUGAUAGGUAUGGCCAGAAGCUUGCUACCGAUGUUUGUGGGAACUCGCCACCGAGCGACAUGAUAGACUGUUUUAAUGCCUAUCUUGAGCUCAUGCACGUGUUAGUAAACUAUGUGAUACUGGAUGGCAUUUCAGCAUACGCUCUACUGCGUACUGCCCUGCCUAGGUUUCUGUCACUCGUUACAGAUGAGCCUAGCCUAUUGGUCGACCAACCCAAUGGAAGCUUGGCGAUUUCAUUUAUCCGUAUAAUUCGUUCUCCCCGGCAUGAGCUUGCAAGAUUUGUCGGAAACAAUGUUACACUGUCAUUUCUGUUCGGUGUGCCACCUCUGGCGGAGUAUGCUUAUGAAAGCGCAUGUGAUCAUGGCCAGCUUGAGUGGUUACAUGGAGUAUCCAUCCCACUCUUUCAGAUCAUCUCACAGGUCAACUCGUGGAGAGCUAGGUCAAAAGUCUUCCUGGAGGACUGGCAAACACUGGAGCAGCGUGCUCUGGCAUGGCGAUCGCCUUACGAUACGUCAAAUGGGCCUUUUGUUCCUGAGAGUGGUAGUUCGGAGAUGGCUGCUGUACGAGAAGGCUGGAGAUAUGUGGUGCUGAUAUACAUAUACAUGCUCAAACCACCUGCUAAGGUAGCCCCUCUGAAGGCUGGCGUAGCAGCGCGGCUGGAAAGACAACGCGCUGUCGUGUGCAAGAAGCUUUUUUUAAUUACGGGCUCGCAUCCUUGGGCUCCUGAGGGACCACAGCUCGGUCUUUUUCUGUAUCGUUUAUGGCAUAGUGCGGGUGCAGGAGGAGGGCCAGUUACAUGGGAUGACUAUGUGCAGUCGAGGCAAGCAGUUGCUCCGAUCUAA